AUGUCAUUAUCCACACAACGAGAAAGGGGCUACGUUGAAGUAGCCAAGGGAAGAGAAGAUCCUGCAGUAAAAAUUUAUUAUGAACUUCAUGGCAAUGGGCCAGAACAUGUUGUUCUUAUUAUGGGACUAAAUACGACCUGUCUUGCCUGGGAACAUCAGACAAAAUACUUGGCAGAGACAGGUAAAUACACUGUAUUAAUAUUUGAGAAUCGUGGUAUGGGAUUAUCAGAUGCACCAAAAGGCGUAUACAGUACUUCACAAAUGGCACAUGACGUGAUUGACCUAAUGGACCACUUUGGCUGGACAAAAAACGUUCAUCUUGAUGGAGUCUCUAUGGGAGGCAUGAUUGCCCUUGAACUUGUCUCUCGAUGGCCUGAGCGAUUUACUUCGCUCGUAUUGACAAGCACGACAGCAGGACGUCAGAUACCAACUGUAACACUAACAACUCUGCCAAGAUUGAUCUUUAUCAAGGACCCAGUAGAAAGAAUCAGUCAAUCGCUUGCACUUGUGUACCCGCCCCAAUGGCUCGCCGCCAAACCAACUCAGAUAGAGUAUGAACAGUACCAGACCAACCAGGACUUAUCUCUCGCCCUUCAGUUGGCUCGCAUGGAUCGCAGUCGCCCACAGACAUUAUGGGGUAAUAUGGCUCAAAUGGUAGCCUGUAUGACCCAUCAUGUCUCAGAGGCUCGCUUACAAAAGAUUCGUGAGACGGGUAUACCGAUUUUGGUCAUGACGGGUACCUGGGAUCACCUCGUUAACCCCAGAAACUCUUACUACCUCGCAGAUAAAUUGGGCGCUGAACUCAAGGUCUUUGAAGGAGCUGGACAUGGCUUACCUGGUGAACGACAGAUCGAAUACAAUCAACAGAUUGAUGAACAUUUCACAAGGGCAAUCAAGUUGCGUCGUUAA